AUGGCUGAAUUCGCGCCGUUCCCCAACCUUCCAGCUGAAAUCCGCAUCGCAGUCUGGGACCUCGUCCAGCCACCUCGCCGAAUCAUUGGCCAGGUGCCGUGCCGCGAAUGCUGGUCCGAGUGUUUCGCAUGGAGAAGAGGACGGGAUGCAAGCUGCUCCCGCCGGCGGCAGUGCGAGCAGAGGAACCACCCGGAUUGGCGCGUGAGAUACAUCGUCCACCCCAGGCGGGACGCCGUGUUUCCCUUGCUACACGCCUGCCGGGAGUCGCGGGCGGUCUGGCUCCCGCGGUUUCACAGGCCGGCGAGGCACUUGGUCUGCGAGACGGGCGUGCCGUCCCAGGACGAGGGGGACCCGACGACGACGACGCGCGUGAGGUUUGACGUGCCCUUUAUCAACUACGAGGCCGACAUCCUCACCGUCUUCGACGACUGGGCGUUUUCGGGGGCGCUCAACACGGUGGACCACAGGCCGCAGACGGAACAGAGCGAGCUCGACCCGUUUGCCGGCCUGCACCGGGACAGGAUACGGCACGCCGGCUUCUGCGAGUCGGCCGAGGAGCUGUGGUCGGGGCUGCUCAGCCUGGACGCGAGGACGCUGCCGCGGCUGCAGUCGCUCUCGCUCGUUCGGAUGGGACCGCUGCCCCCCGAGAGGAGCGGCCUGGCCGUCCUGCCCGCCCUCGGGGAGAUGUAUCCCGCGCUGUCCCAGGACAUGGACUGCGUGGUACGCGACGUCUUGUACCCCGGGGACUCGUACCACGCCUUCUUCCAUCACUGGCGCUCGCGGGACGAGCUCUUUGAGCCUCGCUCCGAGCUGCCCAUGUUCAGGGCCUUCCACCGGUUCUGGAAGGCGUUCCUGUGGCAUCUGCUCAACAGGGACGCCAAGAGGGGUUUCAGCAGAGACUACUCUAGCUGGUGGCCGUUUAUGGAAUACGUCGGCAGGUCGGGUAGUGUCUGCGUGCUCGACAAGGUGGACGGCUGCGGAGCCGGGGGCCACAGCCACGAGGACAUGCUCAACUGGACGCCGGCGUUCCAGUUGCAGUGCCAGCUGCUCUGCGAGAAGGGCGAAGCCGACGGUUUGAAGGCGUUGAGGGAGGCGAACGAGGGCAGGGUGGCUGGCAUUAGUGAGAGGGCGAGCUUGGAGAGGCUGCUGCCCGGUGAAUAUGUUUCCGGCUGGUGA